UCUGUCAAUCCGCCAUUUUUGUGAACGCGCGUGAAAAGUGGCAAAUUACACCGGUAACUAAAAUAAUUUUUGAAAAAAAACAUUAUCAAAAAAAAAAAAGAAUUAGAACUCAAGUAAGUAAACGAUGGAUAGAUAAUUUUGGGUAGUUUGUAUCGAAUUUCUAUUUUGGGGUAAAUAGUGGAAAUAUGUUCAAAAAUUAUGACUGAAAAUGAAGAUUUGGACACUGGAAAUCCUCUUUUGGGAAGCAUGGGAGAGGAUCAGCUAGAUUCAUUUGAUGAUACAAAUGGUCUACAUGAAGAUACAUUGUUGAAUGACACAGAUGCUGAUGGGGCUGUUGGAGAUGAUCCAGAACUAGAAGCUAUUAAGGCGAGAGUGAGGGAAAUGGAAGAAGAAGCUGAAAAAUUGAAACAACUUCAAAGUGAGGUUGAUAAACAAAUGAAUAUGGGCAGCCCACCAGGUUUCACAAGCCCAUUAAAUAUGUCAUUAGAAGAUAAAAUGGAAGUUGAUAAUCGUAGUAUAUAUGUUGGUAAUGUAGAUUAUGGUGCUACAGCUGAAGAGCUGGAGCAACAUUUCCAUGGAUGUGGUUCGAUAAAUCGUGUAACUAUUUUAUGCAAUAAGUAUGAUGGACACCCGAAAGGAUUUGCUUACAUUGAAUUUGCUGAUAAAGAUUCUGUGCAAACUGCAAUGGCUAUGGAUGAAUCAUUAUUCAGAGGAAGAUCAAUAAAGGUUAUGCCAAAGAGAACAAAUAGGCCUGGAAUAUCCUCGACCAAUCGUCCUCCUAGAGGAAGGGGAGGAACUUCCUUUAGAGGAACAAGGGGUAUAAGUAGGGGUGGUUUUUAUGCAGGUUAUAGACCUGUGCGUCGACCAAGGACUUACAGAAGAGGUUUUUACGCUCCCUACUGAUAGAUAACGUAAGGAACUAACUGACACAUUAAUUGUAUUUUAUAAAAUCUUGUUAUAUAUAUAAUUUUGCAUUAAAAAGGUAUCAAUUUAGAUACCACAAAGAAUAAUUAUAUUCUUUGUGGUAAACUAUUUAGUUCUUGCUGUACAGGUUUCUUUUAUCCGAAGAAUAUUCCUAGGCCUCAAGAACGUAAAGUAUUUUUUGUAAAAAAAAUAAACUUUUAUAUUAAGCGUGAAUGAAAAUAUAGGUUUUUGGGAACCGAUUUUCCAUUGUUUUAGUAAGAUUUCAGACCAUAAGUAUAUCUUUAAAAACAUUUAAAAAAAUAAUGCAGAAAGAUGUGUUGUAAAGUUAAUAAAAA